AUGGUUAUCCUGACCACGGGUAGAUGCCAGCACAGUACGGAGUACAGGACGACAGGUUCUGGCUCCAAAUCAUACCCCGAGGCCGUCAAGUCGUUCUUAGCAGAAGGUAGGAGAGAACCGACAGGUCAGUUAGCCAGCCCCGGCUGGCUUCGAAACAAUACCAGCCGCGAGCAUGGAGAACCGCCCGCCAGCACCGGCCCAAGUGAACACUCUGCCCUUGUCUGGUUUACCCUUGACUGGUUUAUACUCAAUACGCUGAGCAACCUCCACAUCAUCUUCGUUGCCAAGCCCCAGCUGAACCACCCCGCACGCGACGAGCCCAAUGUCUCCGAGUCCCGGCACCGGCGUCGGUCGGAGACAGAUCCGAGGCUUGAUGCGCUCGUCAUGGCGGAUGAGCUCGGCGUGCUGAACAUGCUCGGGCAGGAGGGUGAUACCCAGCUGUCCGCCGUCCAACCGGCCCCAGACGAGGCAUUACCCGUCGGCCGUCACGGCGGCUGA